AUGAUGGAUCGUCUUCCUCCGGUACAUUUCGCGGUUCGUGACGAUGACAAUGGCGGCGGUUGUAGUUCGCCGGAGCCGCCGUCGUCUUCGAUUCCGACGACGGUUAGACAGCAUCUGCGGACGCCCAAGUGCGCCCGCUGCCGCAAUCAUGGUGUGAUAUCGUGCCUUCGGGGACACAAGAAACUGUGCCGGUGGCGUGAGUGUUGUUGUCAAAGUUGUUUGCUGGUGGUUCAGCGCCAAAGGAUUAUGGCCGCACAGGUGGCACUGCGGAGGCAGCAGCAGCAACAGGUGGCCCUCGGAGGUUCCAGUGGUGGACAAGGAAGUGAACCGUCCGUGGUGGGAGGGAAAGUGCUGAACAUGGAGGAGUUAAUUAUUCAGAAGCAGAUCUACAGCCAACAGUUGAAGGGGGUGCAGCGAUCGAAGAUGGCCAGCAGGAAUAUAAUUUACGAUUCCCGCAAAUUUGCUUCACUGUUCGAAUCCCCACUGACGGAGCGGAUCCGAAAGCGGCGAGCAUUCGCCGACAGCCGGCUGAUGAGUGCACCGAUUCUGAUGAAAAUUCCCAGCCCUCCGCCACAUCAGCAGCAGCAAUCGCCGUACCUCAUCGCCACACCUGCCUCGUUUAUUCCGCUGAAACCGUUGAUUCUACCUCCGUUCGAGUUUGCCCAGAGGAGUCUUCAGCUGGAGCAGACCUCUCCACCUGCACCAUCGACGAGGCCGCCUUCCAAACCGAAACUAUCGUUUUCCAUAGAAUCCAUCAUUGGGGUCAAAUAAAGGUGUGUU